AUGGAGAUCGUUGAGGCCACGUGCGGGCCCGACGACCUUAACAAUGAUAUCAAGGAUCAAUUAUUGACAACACGUUUGGCUUCGUUCGGCGAGCUUUGUGCGCUAACGGAGUUCACGCCUUAUGGCAACCUUGUCCACGAGUUGGCCGUCACCUGGAGUCCACGCGACUUCCAGGAGGAGAACGCCAGCCCACCCCCUGGCUUCCGGGCGGCGGUGGCGAAGCUCGUGAAGAAGAGUUGCCUUCCCGCAUCGGCGGCCGUGUCACCCCAGGGCCUUGCAACUACGGCCCCGGGAAGCGCUCCACAGGAUCAGCUUCGCUUGCUCCAGGCUGCGCUCGCGCUGUCAAGUGACUCGGUCUUGUUUUUUUGCAGGAGCAGGAACAAACCGACGACUUCGGGCAUCUCAUCGAGCAGUCUAGGCUAG